UUGUAUGCGUUUAUCCGUUCUCAAGCAGGAUUCGGACGUAAAGCGAACGGUGACACAGCGCUAAAAAUAGAGCUGAGAGACUCAGGGCCGGGCGCAGCGAUGCGACCGGGUGCAGGCAGACCUGUCCCUUCGCCCCCCUCGCGUUCCUUCGUCAUCCCGAUGUUACCUUACGGCCAUCUUGUUACUUUACGGAGCAUAGCGGACAACAACUUAAGACUAGCUGGCAAGGACAUUGAGGUCGAACUACAAAUUCCUUUGAAGGCUGCAGCUUUCUAA